AUGGAAUACAAUCAUUUGUUUCACAAAGUAGUCACUUUGGAUGUGCAUCACAAUGUUUCAACUGCAUACUGGAAGUUUUCUUCAGAUGAUAAGGUAGACUGAGUAUCUGUCUCAUUAGAAACUGUUCUGCUCAGCUGUAAUUGGAUGGAAUCUUACACCUUGAUUGGUGCAUUUCGAUGAAAUGUUCUCUCAGUGGUCCCCUGUCAUGGCUCCCCUGCUGUUGUGUGUCUUGAUUGUUGGCAUCCCAGCUUCUGCGAUCUCUAUUCCACUGUCCUUAUUGAUGUUGUUAUGGCUUAGUGGACUUAUAGGACAUUUUUAAGACUUAAGAAGCAAAAUAAUAGUUCCAUAAUAAAUCCCUUGAUACUGUAUUGCCCCAUGCACACCAACAAACAUUUUGUGUAUGUACAUGUUGGUCAAGGUAAUUAGAGGUCAACCACAGCCUCUCUUUAGAGGCAACCAUGAAAUACAGUAAUAACCUUUAAUUAAGUUGAGGUGAAUUGAUUCACAGAGAUUACAUACGAUUGAUUGCUUGAAUUAUCUUGUAUGGUUUGUGUCAAAAUGUGAAGGCUACAUGUCUUUACUUUAUUACCUUGCAGUUUGUGAAAUGAAGGGCAUUGGUCUGGUUACUGGUGGUGCAAUUCCUGACAGCAGCUUCACAGCCUCAUCAUAUUAUAAUAAUAGAUAUAAACCUUCUUAUGCCCGACUGAAUGGAAAUAAUCGAGGUUGGGCACCCAAGACUACAACCAAUCCUGCUGACUUCUUACAAAUUGACCUGCUGCAUAACUAUGUCAUCUGUUCUGUUGCUACACAAGGAGCUAAAGGUAUCAAUGAGUGGACAACAAACUACAAGAUCCAGUUAUCAUUGGAUGGUACUACAUUUUUUACCUAUAAAGAAAACAAUACUGACAAGGUAGAGGGCUAAAUUAUUCCCCUCCUUUCCCCCAAUAUGAAACAGCAUGAAGUAGUUGCGAUUAAGUACAAGUCAUCCUGACUAAGUCAUAUUGACCAUUACAUUCAGUUCAUCAAUGUAACUCACCUCUUUCUUCUUUCAAAAAUGUAGGAGACAUUUGAGAAAAUUAUACAGCUAGAAAUAUUACAGACAGUUUACUACAGAGGAAUAGCCAUUUUUUCUUAAAGUAUAUGUACCUCUCACCUAAGUUGUUUCACAAAAAUAUUAUUUCAACUUAUAAUACUUGGACAUAUGCACAUUUUAUGGUAGAUUUUUAAUGAAAGAAACAAUAAGUAUUUUAAUUGUGGUAGACAUUUAAGACAUGUAUCUAUAUAGAAGUCUACCCAUAUCGAAGGAGAAGGUUGUAGCACAGCUGAUACAUUGAUACAUAUGGUAACUAAUGAUGCAAUUAUUUUGCAUUUUAUGCAACAAACUACAGAUAUUUAAUGGAAAUUCAAACCGAAAUGGCAUCAUAAAAAACAGUCUACAGGAAUUUGCAAGUGCAAAGUUUAUCCGCUUCUGGCCAACAGCGUAUCUUGGUUGGAAGGCUCUAAGGGUGGAAGUUUAUGGAAUAGUUCCAACUAAAGGUAAU